GCAAACUGCUGACGUCACUCGCACCUAGCAAACGCAGGCCCGUUCCACAGAAUCAGAGGAGGGGGCGUCCGUCCGCUUCGUCGCCGAUCUCGCUUCCGCCGCAGCAAAUCCCCAACCCGCGAGCAGAUUCGCGCCGAACUCGCGGCUAUUUGAUGAGAUAACCUCUCGGCCGCCUGACCUCGGGUGCCUUCAGUCGCGAUGCUGCGGAAGGUGGCCGGCGUCUUCCUCGCCUGCGCCGCGCUCUACCUCGCCUUCUCCUCCUAUGUCCGCCGCGAGAGGAUUGCAGAUGUUCAGUUACCAGCAGUUACUCACAGGGUGUACCUGGAUGUAGAAAUUGAUGGCCAAAAUAUAGGUAGAAUUGUUAUUGGUCUUUAUGGGGAAGUUGUGCCAAAAACAGUUGAAAAUUUUAGAGCCCUUUGUACAGGUGAAAAGGGUGUUGGGCCCAAGGGUAAAUCUCUUCACUAUAAAGGAACACCAUUCCAUCGAAUCAUUCCAGGUUUCAUGAUUCAGGGUGGUGACAUAGUUAGAGGUGAUGGGAAAGGGAGCGAGUCUAUAUAUGGAGGUACCUUCCCAGAUGAGAAUUUCAGUGUGAAACAUACACAUCCAGGUGUUGUUGCUAUGGCAAAUUCUGGAACUGACUCUAAUGGGUCCCAGUUCUACAUAACCACAAUUAAGACAUUCUGGUUGGACGGGGAGCAUGUUGUAUUUGGCAGGGUGAUUCAAGGAAUGGAUUAUGUCUACGCCAUUGAAGGGGGUGCCGGAACAUACAAUGGCAAGCCGAGGAAGAAGGCCCUGAUCACUGACUCUGGUGAGAUACCCAAGGAGAAAUGGGGCGAGGAAAUCCAGUAGGCUGCUUGGUCUUUUUUUAGCAGGUAGUUGGCUGCUUGGUCUGUUCUGUUGCUCCUGGACAUCUUGACACUACGUGCUUUCUUGACCGGUCUUCUUCGCACCCCCGCUGCGCUUCAGGCGAGAAUUCUAAAAUGUUGUAGUACAUUGUAGCCAGUGUAUAGCUUGUGGAAUCCUACUUGUCUCUGAACUUGUACUGGUAUGCAUGACAAGCAAGUUUAGUUACUGAAUCUGCUUACCUUAGGCUUGCUAUGCAACGAAGUAGUACGAAACUGGUGACUACUCCGGAGAAUGGAGAUUAUCUGGAUGUGAUUUCCGUUUCUUGUGUUGUAUGCAAUGCUUCAUAAAUGCAUAUAAUAAGACUCGACGGCAUAAUCACUAA